AUGUCAAUAUCCCCAGCAACGAUUCUCAUAUUCCUCUCAGUUUCAGCCACCCUCUUGCUCUUAACUCCUCAGUACUGCAUGGCCAAAACCAUGCUGUUCACUGGGCAGAAAUUGGAGGAAGGUGAGUACCUCACAUGGGGACCUUAUAAACUUGUUAUGGAGGAUACCUGUGACCUUAUCUUGUAUGAAGCGGGAGAAAGCAUCUGGCAUACCAACACAUACCACUUUGCAAAGCAUUGUUACCUCACACUCAAGAAUAAUGGGAACCUUGUGAUGUAUUCCGGUCAACGUCAGUUGUGGCAGAGCGACUCGUAUGGACCAUUAGGAAACUAUGUCUUUGUUCUUCAAGAGAAUGGUGAUCUCGCUAUUUAUGGAGACGUCAUGUGGACGACCAACACCAAUGUCGUUAACUACUCUGGUGUAAGUAUUGAUGCAACCCUAAAUAACGGCACAUCCAAUGCUGUCGGUGCUACCACAACUUAUAAGAACCCUGCCGGCAUGGCCAUGACCACCAUGUCAAAGUGA